AUGGCGGCGGCCCCGGCGAGGGCUGCGGCCGCUGCCGUCCCCGCCGACACAUACAGCCCCGGCGCAGCCCUGCGCGGCUGCUGGUGCGAGCGCGACGCCCGCCCAAUGGGAGAUCCGCUCGCCGCCGGCCUCCGCGGCGGUUGGCUGCCGGCGGCGCUCGUCACGGUUCGGUGCGCCGGACGGCUUCCUCCGCGCUGGGGGCUGCCAUUUUGCCGUACGGAGAGGCGGCGCGGGGAAGGGAGAGGCGCCGGGUCGGCAACGGAGCCAGGGCCGCAGGAGGUGGCGUGGCGGCACGUAAGGGUUCCGCUGGUCCAGCACGACGCCGGUGGAGGCGGCCUGCGAGGCGUACGCUUGGGGAAGUCCGCGCAUACGGGCGCGACCAUCGUGUUGUACGGAGCCGACCGAGCCCCGCCCCUCUCUCCCCAGGAGGGUAACCCCCCUCACACCGCCCCUCUCGGAAACGCCUUUGACAGCUCGGCCGCCACGGUCCGAGCGGCUCGUCGGGAGGCCGGACGCCCUGCAGCAAGGAGGAGAUUCCCACUGAAGGAUUCAAAACGUCUGAUUCAGUGGCUGAAAGCUGUUCAGAGAGACAACUGGACUCCCACCAAGUAUUCAUUUCUUUGCAGCGAGCAUUUCACCAAAGACAGCUUUUCUAAGCGACUGGAAGACCAGCACCGGCUGCUGAAGCCCACUGCUGUCCCUACCAUCUUCCAGCUUGCAGAGAAAAAACACGACAACCUGGAUUAUGUCAGAAGCAGAAGAAAAAUAGCAAGCCAGGUGACACUGCAGGAUGGAGAAGACCCUAGGGAAGGAGGCUGUGAGGUAGUUCAGAGAACCUCAUCUUCUGGCCAGGACUUCAUGGUGAUGCAAGGGACAAAUGAGAUGGAGGAGGCAACUUUGCAAGUGGAAAUCGGAUCGAUUGAGGAGGAAGAAGAGAACCUCCACAGCCAGCGGGAUGGACCUCGGAGAAGGACGUUAGGUGAUAAAUUGGUUGCAAAGCCUGGACCUCAGAAAAAGCCUGAGAGAUCUUCUGUGGAGGACUGUCCUAAAGCCACCUGGACAGGGAGCUGGAUAGCAGACAGAAGUGGUGUGUCAGUUGACGAUUUCACGCCUCCUGCCUCUGGUGCUUGCAAGUUCAUUGGCUCCCUUCAUUCUUACAGCUUUUCCUCGAAGCAUGCCAGAGAGAGGCCAUCUUUCCCAAAAGAGCAGCUAGAAAGGAAAAGGCCAAAGAGAGAUGUGGAACCAAGCUGCAGCAGCCAUCUUAUGGGACACAAUAAGGCCGUAGCGGAAGGCUCCCCUACUUCAUCCCUCACUGCAACCCCUCAGAAACCUUCCCAGGGUUUGUCGGCAUCCCCUGCAGACCUUACCCCUCAGCCUGCCGCUGAGGCUGUGGUGGGGCGGAAGGGUGAUACAGAUGCCAACCCCAUGUCAAUCAACGAGGUCAUCAUGUCGGCCUCAGGAGCUUGCAAGCUCAUUGACUCCCUCCACUCAUACUGUUUCUCCUCCAGGCAGAGCAAAAGUCAGGUGUGCUGCUUGCGUGAGCAGGUAGAAAAGAAGAAUGGAGAGUUGAAACUUUUGAGGCAGAGGGUCAGUCGCUCUGACAGUCAAGUCAGGAAACUGAAGGAGAAGCUAGAUGAGCUGAAGAGGAUCAGUUUCCCUUACUUGAACAGCCUGCUAUCCCAGGACUGUGAGACUCCCCAGUUGAAUCCUGUGAUGGAACCCCUGUCCUGGAUGCUGGGCACCUGGCUGUCAGACCCACCAGGAGAUGGCACCUUCCCUACAAUGAAGCCCUUCCAGUACCUGGAAGAAGUGCACAUCUCUCAUGUGGGGCAGCCCAUGCUCAACUUCUCGUUCAAUGCCUUCCAUCCAGACACCAGGAAGCCCAUGCACCGAGAAUGUGGAUUCAUCCGCCUCAAACCUGACACUAAUAAGGUGGCCUUCAUCAGUGCCCAGAACACAGGUCUGGUGGAGGUGGAGGAAGGGGAGGUGAAUGGACAAGAGCUGUCUAUAGCUUCUCACUCCAUAGCCAGGAUCUCCUUUGCCAAGAAGCCCCAUGUAGAGCAGAUUACCAGAAAAUUCAGGCUCAAUUCUGAUGGGAAACUCGAACAAACUGUCUCAAUGGCAACCACUACGCAGCCCAUGACUCAGCACCUCCACAUCACCUACAAAAAGGUGACGCCCUGACGCCAGGAGGGCCGGAACUCCCUGCGGAGGACGAGGAGCCCCUGGGGCAUCGUGCCAAGAGCAGUGGCAGCUCAGGAGCACAGCAGGGCAGACCCUGGAGCUCACUGCCUGCGCUUGCCCCCAGGGCGCAGAGCUUCCCGUCCUGUUGAGAAUGUUACUCAGAUGUUUCUGUAAUGGUAUAUCAAUAAAAAGCUUUUAUUUUUA